CGCGGCCCGCAGACUCGCCGAGGGAGCGGCCCUGCGACCGCGCCAUGCCCCAGCGCUCCGGGCACGCGCCCGCCUGAGCCCCCCUCGCUGUGCCCUCGCCGUAGCCCCCGCCAUGCAGACGCGCGCGCUGCUCCUGGCCUCGCUGGCCGCGCUGGCGCUGGCCCGGGAGCCCCCUGCCGCGCCGUGUCCCGCGCGCUGCGACGUGUCGCGCUGCCCGAGCCCGCGCUGCCCGGGCGGCUACGUGCCCGACCUCUGCAACUGCUGCCUGGUGUGCGCGGCCGGCGAGGGCGAGCCCUGCGGGCGGCCCCUGGACUCGCCGUGCGGGGAGAGCCUGGAGUGCGCGCGCGGCGUGUGCCGCUGCCGCUGGUCGCACGCCGUGUGCGGUACCGACGGGCGCACCUACGCCAACGUGUGCGCGCUGCAGGCGGCCAGCCGCCGCGCGCUGCAGCUCUCGGGGUCGCCCGUGCGCCAGCUGCAGAAGGGCGCCUGCCCCUCGGGUCUCCACCAGCUGACCAGCCCGCGGUACAAGUUCAACUUCAUCGCCGACGUGGUGGAGAAGAUCGCGCCCGCGGUGGUCCACAUCGAGCUCUUCCUGAGACACCCUCUGUUUGGCCGCAACGUGCCCCUCUCCAGCGGCUCGGGCUUCAUUGUGUCCGAGGCGGGUCUGAUCGUCACCAACGCCCACGUGGUGUCCAGCACCAACACCGCCUCAGGCCGGCAGCAGCUCAAGGUGCAGCUGCAGAACGGAGACUCCUACGAGGCCACCAUCAAGGACAUCGACAAGAAGUCCGACAUCGCCACCAUCAAGAUCCACCCCAAGAAAAAGCUCCCUGUGCUGCUGCUGGGUCACUCGGCAGACCUGCGGCCUGGAGAGUUUGUGGUGGCCAUCGGCAGUCCCUUCGCUCUGCAGAACACGGUGACAACAGGCAUCGUCAGCACCGCCCAGCGGGACGGCAAGGAGCUGGGCCUCCGGGACUCAGACAUGGACUACAUCCAGACGGACGCCAUCAUCAACUACGGGAACUCCGGGGGACCCCUGGUGAACCUGGAUGGCGAGGUCAUCGGCAUCAACACGCUCAAGGUCGCAGCCGGCAUCUCCUUUGCCAUCCCCUCGGACCGCAUCGCGCGCUUCCUUUCAGAGUUCCAAGACAAGCCCAUCAAAGACUGGAAGAAGCGGUUCAUCGGCUUACGGAUGCGGACCAUCACUCCCAGUUUGGUGGAAGAACUUAAGGCUGGCAACCCGGACUUCCCGUCGGUCAGCAGUGGAAUUUAUGUGCAGGAGGUUGUUCCAAAUUCGCCUUCUCAGAGAGGGGGAAUUCAAGAUGGCGAUAUCAUCGUCAAAGUCAACGGGCGUCCCCUGGUGGACUCGAGUGAGCUGCAGGAAGCCGUCUUGAACGAGUCUCCCCUCCUGCUGGAGGUGCGGCGGGGGAACGAGGACCUCCUCUUCAGCAUCGCGCCCGAGGUGGUGGUGUGAGGCAGGCCACCGCUCCCCAGCAUUGAGCACCAGAGCACCCCAGGACCAGGACGAAGGACCACCGCGGUCCUCAGCAGGGCAGCAGCAGCUCAGCAUCCAGAGGCACAGUCCCAGGCUGGGCCUAGCUGGGGGUUCGAAUCUCAGCAUUGAGACCAAAUCACAGUGCCAUGAGGGAAGUCCCAAGUUCCCCUGGUGCACCUGCUCUUGAAGGUCACCUUCCAAGUUCUUGGGAGCCCAUAACACUCCUGCAGUUCCUGAAGUCUACCCUCUUCCUCUGCUUCCUGCCUCUGUGCCCGUCCACCCCUCUGUCUGAAACGUCCCCUGCUCCCACCCAGCCUCACCCGCUUCAGGCCCCAGCUCCCAAGUCCCCUCCUCCAUGAAUACCACCUUGACCCCCGCUGCCCAGUUUCCUUCUGCCACAGUGUCCCCCACAGGUAUGACAGGGGCUGCCCGCCCCACCACCUAGAGUCCCCGGAGGGCAGGCUGUGCCCCUGACCCUUGGAGGAGUCAGGGUCUAAUCAGGCUUGGCCUGGAGCAGGUGCCAGUGAAUGACCCUCUGCUGAGCCCAGCCCUGCACUGGCCACGAGGCUCACCCUCCCAGGAGGACAGGAAGCAGAGCAUGAUGGACACACUCAGCCUGCUGCCUGGAGAAGUUCAGCCCUGGGGUGACCACGGGGCAGAGGGGGAGGCGCCGCCAGGGUGCACGGACUAAGCCGGCUUCGGCUCGCCCACGGAGCCCGGUGAGAGCCAGGCCGCGCACGGCCUCUUGGAAGCUGGCGGGCUCUGGGGGCACCUCCUCGCACAGGUGUCUCCGGGGCAUUGGGAGCUUCGCUGUACGGUCGACCCCCGAGUUGCUUGUACUGUACGUUCCUCUACUGUACGGGAAUUAAAGUUUACAAGCUCGUAGCCGUCAGCCGUGGGGCGUUUGGGGCAGCCCACCUCCACCAGCCAGCCUUUCUUGGGGACCUGUGUCUGACACCUUCC